AUGGCUUUGCCUAAGCGUAUUAUCAAAGAGACCGAGCGUCUCAUGGCCGAGCCCGUCCCGGGCAUCAGCGCCGUUCCUCAUGAGGACAACCUCCGCUACUUCGACGUCGAGAUCCACGGUCCCACACAAUCGCCAUACGAAGGCGGCGUCUUCAAGCUUGAGCUCUUCCUGCCCGACGACUACCCCAUGACUCCCCCCAAGAUUCGCUUCCUCACCAAGAUCUUCCACCCCAAUGUCGACAAGCUUGGUCGCAUCUGUCUCGAUGUUCUGAAGAACAACUGGUCACCCGCCCUCCAGAUCCGCACGAUCCUCCUCUCCAUCCAGGCCCUGCUCGGCGCCCCAAACCCCGACGACCCCCUCGCUGCCGACGUCGCCAAGAGCUGGAAGGAGGACGAGCAAGCCGCCAUCGCGACGGCCAAGGAGUGGACCGCCAAGUAUGCUGUGCCCAAGUAG